AAGAUGGGAGCCACCUCUUCCUGGGCGAGAGCGGUUUAAAAGGAGGGGUGCGCGGCAUUGCCUGCUCGCGUGGAGGAACGGGGGGAGGUCCGUCCACGCGCCCCCAAACCAGUAGGUUGGGACAGCUGGAAGUCAGCCGUUGUACAACAUGCUGCGAGUAAGUCUCUCACCCACCUUUUCACUGGGAUUUCAUCUGUUAGUCAUCGUGGCUGUCUUAUUUUCCCAUGUGGACCAUAUAAGUGCCGAGACAGAAAUGGAAGAAGAAGGCAAUAAAACUAACCAGUGUACUGGCUCAUAUUACUGUAAGAAAGGGGUGAUUUUACCCAUUUGGGAGCCCCAAGACCCUUCCUUUGGGGACAAAAUUGCUAGAGCGACUGUGUAUUUUGUGGCCAUGGUCUACAUGUUUCUCGGAGUCUCUAUCAUUGCCGACCGGUUCAUGUCCUCUAUAGAAGUCAUCACGUCUCAAGAAAAGGAAAUAACCAUCAAGAAGCCAAAUGGAGAGACCACCAAGACAACGGUGAGGAUCUGGAACGAGACGGUUUCCAACCUGACCUUGAUGGCCCUGGGGUCUUCUGCCCCAGAGAUUCUCCUUUCAGUCAUUGAAGUGUGCGGCCAUAACUUCACCGCGGGAGACCUGGGUCCCAGCACCAUCGUGGGAAGUGCUGCAUUCAACAUGUUCAUCAUCAUCGCUCUCUGUGUUUACGUGGUCCCAGAUGGAGAGACGAGGAAGAUUAAGCACCUGCGUGUGUUCUUCGUGACGGCAGCCUGGAGCAUCUUUGCCUAUACCUGGCUUUACAUCAUUCUGUCCGUCAUCUCUCCCGGGGUGGUGGAGGUCUGGGAAGGUUUGCUUACUUUCUUCUUCUUCCCCAUCUGCGUGGUGUUUGCUUGGGUGGCAGAUAGGAGGCUUCUGUUCUACAAGUAUGUCUACAAGCGGUAUCGGGCCGGCAAGCAGAGGGGAAUGAUUAUUGAACACGAAGGAGACAGGCCAUCCUCCAAGACUGAAAUCGAAAUGGAUGGGAAAGUGGUCAAUUCCCAUGUUGACAACUUCUUAGAUGGGGCUCUGGUUCUGGAGGUUGAUGAGAGGGACCAGGACGACGAAGAGGCUAGGCGAGAAAUGGCGAGGAUUCUGAAGGAGCUCAAGCAGAAGCAUCCAGAUAAAGAAAUAGAGCAAUUAAUAGAAUUAGCUAACUACCAGGUCCUAAGUCAGCAGCAAAAAAGCCGAGCCUUUUACCGUAUUCAGGCUACUCGCCUGAUGACUGGGGCGGGCAACAUUUUGAAGAGGCACGCAGCGGACCAAGCAAGGAAGGCUGUCAGCAUGCACGAGGUCAACACGGAAGUGGCUGAAACGGACCCUGUCAGUAAGAUCUUCUUUGAGCAAGGGACAUACCAGUGUCUGGAGAACUGCGGCACCGUGGCCCUGACCAUUAUCCGCAGAGGUGGCGAUCUGACCAACACUGUGUUUGUUGACUUCCGAACCGAGGAUGGCACAGCCAACGCGGGGUCUGAUUAUGAAUUCACUGAAGGGACUGUGGUCUUUAAGCCGGGCGAGACCCAGAAGGAGAUCAGAGUUGGCAUCAUCGAUGACGACAUCUUUGAGGAGGAUGAGAAUUUCCUCGUGCAUCUCAGCAAUGUCAAAGUGUCUUCGGAAGCUUCAGAAGAUGGCAUACUGGAAGCCAAUCACGUUUCUACACUCGCGUGCCUUGGCUCUCCCUCUACGGCCACCGUGACUAUCUUUGAUGAUGACCACGCGGGCAUCUUUACUUUUGAGGAGCCCGUGACUCAUGUGAGUGAGAGCGUUGGCAUCAUGGAGGUGAAAGUGUUGAGAACAUCUGGAGCUCGAGGAAAUGUCAUCGUCCCCUAUAAAACCAUCGAAGGGACCGCCAGAGGUGGAGGAGAAGACUUUGAGGACACCUGUGGAGAGCUCGAAUUCCAGAACGAUGAAAUUGUGAAGAUCAUUACCAUUAGAGUAUUUGACCGUGAGGAAUAUGAGAAAGAGUGCAAAUUCUCCCUUGUGCUUGAGGAACCAAUAUGGAUAAGAAGAGGAAUGAAAGGUGGCUUCACAAUAACAGAAGAAUGUGACGACAAGCAGCCGCUGACCAGCAAAGAGGAAGAGGAGAGGCGCAUUGCAGAAAUGGGGCGCCCCAUCCUGGGAGAACACACCAAGCUGGAAGUGAUCAUCGAGGAAUCCUAUGAAUUCAAGAGCACCGUGGACAAACUUAUUAAGAAGACAAACCUCGCCCUGGUGGUCGGGACGAACAGCUGGAGAGAGCAGUUCAUUGAAGCGAUCACUGUCAGUGCCGGGGAAGAUGAUGACGACGACGAAUGUGGGGAGGAGAAGCUGCCCUCCUGCUUCGAUUAUGUGAUGCACUUUCUGACUGUGUUCUGGAAGGUCCUCUUUGCCUUCGUGCCCCCUACAGAAUACUGGAAUGGCUGGGCAUGUUUCAUUGUCUCCAUCAUCAUGAUUGGCGUACUGACAGCUUUCAUUGGCGACCUGGCUUCCCACUUCGGCUGCACCAUUGGCCUGAAAGAUUCGGUGACUGCGGUCGUGUUCGUGGCACUCGGAACUUCAGUACCAGACACCUUUGCAAGCAAAGUGGCAGCUACCCAGGACCAGUACGCAGACGCAUCCAUUGGCAACGUCACUGGCAGCAACGCGGUGAAUGUCUUCCUGGGAAUCGGAGUGGCCUGGUCCAUCGCAGCCAUCUACCACGCGGCCAACGCACAGUUCAAAGUGUCCCCCGGCACGCUAGCUUUCUCUGUCACUCUCUUCACCAUUUUUGCUUUCAUCAAUGUGGGGGUGCUGCUGUAUCGGCGGAGGCCAGAAAUCGGAGGUGAGCUGGGUGGGCCCCGGACUGCCAAGCUCCUCACAUCAUCCCUCUUUGUGCUCCUGUGGCUCUUGUACAUUUUCUUCUCCUCCCUGGAGGCCUACUGCCACAUAAAAGGCUUCUGAAGGAACAAUCAGAUGUAGUAAAUUUAUAUAUAUAUA